CCUGUAGAUUUUACUCUGGAGAAAGGGAAGCGGAGGGAGGAGGGACACGCGCCGGCGGUGGGAUGGACGGCUGAAGCAUGGAGUCGCUCGCGCAUAUUUGAGCUGCCAGAGGCGAGAAGAGCGCAUCCUGACACAGAGCGAAUGACUGACGCGUCUCUCUCCUUUCAGACGCAUCCCUAUAGCUUAAUUGACGACUGAACAGUCAGUUCGGGAUAUCUGGGAGUUUAUCUAGCGGCUCACCGCCGAUUUUAAAAUUUACCGAGCAUCCCUGAGACCAUGGAGACUGAAUCGUCCCAGUUGGGGAGUAACGGAGCAAACGAAAGUGAUCUUCUACCGGUGGACUUUCCGGGAGGAGAGAUGCCAGCCUCUCUCGGUGUGCGGAGAGGGUCCAGCGUCAAGAAACAUCACCAUAAACACAACCUGAAGCACCGCUACGAGCUGCUCGAGACCCUCGGGAGAGGAACAUAUGGAAAAGUGAAGAAAGCCAUAGAGAGGCACACUGGACGAGUGGUGGCGAUAAAAUCCAUACGUAAGGAGAAGAUAAAAGAUGAACAAGACAUGGUGCACAUCCGCAGAGAAAUCGAGAUCAUGUCUUCGCUCCGCCAUCCACACAUCAUCUCUAUAUAUGAAGUCUUUGAGAAUAAGGACAAGAUUGUGAUCGUAAUGGAAUACGCCAGUAAGGGUGAGCUGUACGAUUAUAUCAGUGAGCGCCGAAGGCUCACCGAAAGGGAGACAAGACAUUUCUUCAGACAGAUCGUCUCUGCUGUUCAUUACUGCCACAAGAAAGGAGUAGUACACAGAGAUCUCAAGCUAGAAAACAUUCUCUUGGAUGACAACGGUAACAUUAAGAUUGCAGAUUUUGGUCUUUCCAACCUCUACCACAAAGACAAGCUUCUUCAAACCUUUUGCGGCAGUCCGCUGUACGCUUCCCCUGAGAUUGUGAACGGACGACCAUAUAGAGGCCCAGAGGUUGACAGCUGGGCGCUGGGUGUAUUACUCUACACACUCGUGUACGGAACAAUGCCCUUCGAUGGAGGAGACCACCAAAGACUCAUUCGACAGAUCAGUAAUGGAGAGUACAGAGAACCCCCGCAGUCAUCAGAUGCUCGUGGCUUGAUCCGCUGGAUGUUAAUGGUUAAUCCAGAUCGGAGGGCUACAGUUGAGGACAUUGCAAAUCACUGGUGGGUGAACUGGGGCUGGAAGAGCAGUGUGUGCGACUGCCAAACGCAAAGGGAAAACAGCUCGCCUAUGCUGGCCCGCUUCAUUGACUGGCAGAAUCGCACUGACGUUCGUCCUGGCAAAGUUCAACGGCCAGAGCCUGGGAAUGUCAAUAACACAACCUUGACUCCAGCCCGUCGUUUGAGAAAGUCCAUGAAGGAGAAUGAUGCUGGCAUGUGGGGUGUUGCAGAGGAGAAGCCAGGCCUCAAGAGACCAAAGAGCAUCCUGAAGACUCGAGCGACCAGUGGAGACCAGCGCUCUCAGAGUCUGUGCGAAGUUGAGCUCAGGCGGACAAUUUGCUACCAAGAUGUCGAGUCGGGGUCUAGUCCGGAGAGAGAGGACACCCUGGGUGGUUCACCAGCAAAGAUGGUGUCCAUGCUACCCAAGAAAGGCAUUCUGAAAAACAAUCAGCAGAGAGAGUCCGGGUAUUACUCCUCCCCAGAACGCAGCGAGUCCUCAGAAUUGUUAGGGGGUGCUACUGUACAACCUCCGAACAGCUCACCUACAAAGCGGUCUGUCGGGAGGAAGGGUAUACUGAAGCGAAAUGGGAAAUAUUCCACACACAGUGCGGUGGGAGUCCAUGGGGACAUCCAAGCAGAUGCAACCCUCACACGGAGCCAGAGCAGACCUUCUAGUAUCGUAUAUGAGGAAACAGGUCUCUCUUGCAUUGGCUUGGACUGGCCACCCACCUCUCCGAAACCCAACAUUCGCGGCUCGCUGUCUGCUGAAGACUUGCUGCAGAUGGCUGGGUUCAGGGGUCUACAGACCGUUGCGCCCCUGCACGGUGGAAGAGGCAACCGUAGCCCUCCUGGUUCCCCUGGAGACAAUGGGAGCUUCUCCUUGCUGGGUGAUAUGGAUGAUGUUACCCAGGUGUACCAGAAAGCCCUGGACAUCAGCAGCCAGCUGAGCUAAACAUGGACGUACGAAGAGACAGGAAGAGGGAAUGAUUGCCAGCUUGUCCUUCUCAUCACAACGCUGCAGGGUACAUGUUUACAGGUCGAGAAGCAUCAAAUCUCCAUUCACCAACUCACGUUGAUGAGCAUUUCUCAUGAUAUUCUCGUUUUGAACUCGACAGUCGAGAGGGAACAACGGAAGCACUUUAAAGCAGCUGUUUUCUGAGAUGCAGCAUGUAAUGACAGUUGAGGCUGUGUUAAUUAAGUUAGUCGUUUGCAUUUUGGCCAAUUGUAAACGACAAAGCCAUUUCAUUGUUUUUGGGAGUGCUUUCAUCGAUACAGGUCAUCCUUUAUGAAAAGUGUUAGAUAAAGCUCUGUACAAUGCGUUCUCAUUGUAUAAUACCAGCAAUUUCAGCAAAGUACAUGCACAUUAGUACGGCAAAUAAUGCUAAGAAUUAGGAAAGCAAUGCUUUUUGAGGAUUUGGAAGGAUUUAUCUUUGAAAAAACAUGAAAAAUGGAACAUUUUAAUACACUUUCUGGCCAAAAACAAAAGUACCAAACGGUACUAUGGUACCACCAUGGAUUUUUGAACAUAUACCAUGGUACUACCAAGGUGUUCUUGAAAGAUUAUGUUUUAUAAUACCAGUUAACUUUGGCAGCCUUACAUACAUUUAAAAAAUAAUAAAGUUAUUAAAGAAAUUCCAACUUAAACGUAAAUAAGUCAAAUUAAAAUUGCAAAUGAGAGUUAUUAUAGCCCUACCUUAUGAUUUCAGUACUAAAUCAUAGUACCACAUCUGAUUCCAUCACUGCACCAUGGUACUAAGUAAUUUUAUCUUGCAAAAGGAAGUAACAAGACAUUACAAAGGGUACCAGCAACACAAAGAGGAUAUCAUGAUCCCGAAGCUUAUCUUUAGCUUGCUUAGACAGAGACAGGGUCAAGCAAACAUCGGCAUAUCUCGGAGAUCAGCCAGACAGCAACUAGUGAAACACACAGGUCAAAGGGGAAAGGUUGUAUCAGUGUUAUGAUACCGUACAUUGUCAUUCUCUUUCAAGCAUGCACAUGCACACACACUCACAAUUCCAGUACAACCGAGCAAUUAUAUGAGCUCCCUGAGGCAUGAAAGUGUGGAAGGACAAGCUUUGACCUAUGGUGUAUAUUCUGGUCCAGAAAUGAACCGCUUUUCAACAACACAUGCCAUUGAACACAGGAAAGAGAUGCCAAACAAAUCUUUUCGCAAGACGGGGUGUUAAAAGACACAUAUUCUGAAGUCAAUAGAUCAUGCAAACAAUUAUUAAGAAUGAGAAGGGGAAUCAAAAGGUCACGUAUAGACCUGUAAAAUCUUCAGGAUGUGUAUAUAUUGUGCAUGUGCAGUUGUUUUAUUGCUCAACACACACAAUAACAAGAUAAAUCGAAGAUAGAUACUAUGUCAUUUUGUUCCGUUAUAUUUUGUUUGCAUGAGGCAUUUUUACUGUUGGCUAAGCCUGAAUUAAACUAGUCUAGCUUUGAACUUUAAAGUAUGUGCUUAAUAUUUACAAUAUAUUAAGAUAAAAGGCAUUUCAGCAUCAAUUCGGAAGUUUUAUAUGAAGUACAUACCAUUUAAACACAUACAUGUAUAAAAUGAACUGGAAAGGAAUGUGUUUAUUCUAUAGGAUAUCUGUUAUAGACCAUUGAGAAAACUUGACUGGAUAUACUACAUAUUUAAAUUGUGUUAUUUAAUGCGUUGUGUAUUAUAUACUUUCUGUACAUUUUCACGGCUGUUUGUUAUUCUGUAUUGUUUUAUUUACAUUGACUUAUGAUUGUUUUGAUUUGUGCCUUCAUUGACAUAAGAUUGUCCUGAUAAUGUUAUUCUCAGUUACAAUAAUUAGCAGUAUUGCGUAAGAGUUUUUAAAUAGACAUUGAUGGAAAAGCAGCCUGUCUGUACGGUUUGUUAUGAGCACAUUUAGGUGGCAUAUAAAGUGUUGUUUGUGCUCAGUGCAAAACACUGUCGAUCCUUGUAAUAAAUGUCUCCAUCUAAAUACCA